UACCCAAGUUAACAACGUACCGGUUCGCUUUUAGCGCGAGAGAGAAAUGGAGGCCCUGAUUGCCUCGUACGGAGACUCGUCGUCGGACUCAGGCUCCGAGUCGCCGGCUCCACCUCCGCCACCACCUUCAGAGCUCAAAAACUCUCAAGAACCGACCACUGCGCUGCCUCCACCUCCUCUGUCACUUCUCGACAGCCCCAAUUCCUUCGGAUUUCUGGACUUCUCCCCAAGCGCCCAGCCGAGCAGAGUUCGGAACUUUGCUCACGUCGAAGGGAACUACGCAGUACAUGUAUACAUCCCAGUUCAUAUACCACCAGCACCGAGGAAAGAGAUGGCCUUGUUUUUGAACAAGCUAGCUUCUCUGGUGCCUGGUCUCCAUGCCGUUGACGUUGACGUCCCGCUUGACGUUCUGCGUAAGGACGAGCGUAAGCUUGAACAGGUUGCUUUAGGCAGAGAGUUCCAUAUAAGUCUCGGAAGAACUGUUCCGAUUCGGGUGCACCAGAUUGAUUCCUUGGUGACAAUGCUGCGGCAGAAGCUUCAGAUUCAGAGGCGGUAUUGGAUUGAUUUUAGCAAGUGGGAGGUUUUUGUUAACGAUGAUCAGACCCGGACCUUUGUGUCGAUCGAAGUCAUUGCUGCUGGGUUAGCUGAGAUAACAAAGCAGAUUCAAGCUGUGAAUGAGGUGUACAAGCUUCACAAUCUUCCUGAAUUUUACAAGGAUCCGCGCCCUCACAUAUCGGUAGCUUGGGCAUUGGGUGACAUCAGCAAUUCCGUGAAGAAAGUGGUUGAAGAAGAAAGACGAAGGUCUACCGUCGGAGGAUCGUUACAGAAAUGUAUUUUUACCAAUAAAUUCAAUGGUAUCGAAUGUAGGAUUGGUAAUAAAACACACAAAAUAUGUAAAUUUUCUGAAGAAUAAUGUACCCAUUUAAACUAUAUUGUGAAAUUCCGAGAAUAUAGUGCUGAGCAUUGGAUGAGAA